GCGAACACAAACCAAACAGCUGUUAAUAAACGAAGCGAAAAAGAAGGAAAACGCGAAAAAAACAAACCGCAGCUGGAAAAAGCCAAUCCGACAUAAAAAUACAUUAAUUAGUAUAUUCAUAUAUAUAUAUACACAUGUUUUGUUGCCUGCGCACGUGCCUCAAUGGAGGGCAGCUACGAAAACCAACAGCAGCCGCGCAUCGAUUAAGAGAGCCCGAAGUGCAUCUCGAUGCAGCGCAUAUGGGCCCUGAUGUUAUAUUGCUCUCUCAUCAGCUAAGAGUCACAGGCACAGGUGGCGUGCUGGCCACAGCGCCUUUGGUCCAAUCAAAAUCCUACUUCGAGGUGAAGAUCCAACAGAGCGGCAGCUGGUCCAUUGGCUUGGCCACUCGCCAAGCUGACUUAUCCCGCAAAUGGGGUGGCGGAGAUCGCGAAUCAUGGUGCCUGUGCUCCGACAAUGCCACACGCCACAACGACGAGGAGUUCCGUCCAGUGGUUGCCAAUAGCGCACAGCCUACAUCCGCCACCAAAACAGUCACAACUACUGCCAAUGGCAUAUUGAACAAUAGUGCAGCAGCUGCUGCUGGUCUGAUUGCCAUUGAGGAUUUGCAGGAGGAUCUGUUGAUGACCACAGGAUUGGAAGAGAAGUCGCAGUCAGAAUUAAGCCCCGUAACUACUUUAAUCAGUGCACCACAACGGGACUUUCCCGACGAGGGAGACAUACUGGGCGUGGCUUUCGACCAUGUCGAACUCAAUUUCUAUUUCAAUGGCAAGAACUUGGAGGUGCCCUUCAGGAAUGUACGUGGCGCGGCCCUCUUUCCCGUCAUCUAUGUGGGAAACGGCGCCAUUCUAGACAUUAUUCUGGAUAACUUUACGCACGGUCCACCAUCGGGAUUCGAACGCAUUUUAUUGGAACAAUCGCUGCUUUAGGAAAUUACUCUUGAACUUCGUUUGCCAUAGAUCAAAAUUGUAGCCUUAAGCUGGGACACAGGUGUUUGUGUGUUGCUUCCUGCUUCCUGAUCUGUUCCAGACACAAAUGUAUAAAAUUCUAUUAUUUCUAGUCUCGCAACCGCAAGUGUUGAUGCCAUGAAAUAGCUUUCAAAUUAAAUAAUUCGGAGCCGUCACGCUAAAGACUAACCAUCACUUAAUUAGCACUUACGAAUAGUAUCAACUGGCUUUUUUUACAGUUAUAUAUUGGCACCCAUCUCUCUUAAAUUCUUUUAACGAAUUCUGUAUAUUAAAGUCUAUCUAUUUAUCUAUACUGAACAACUUUCAGACUAUCUGUAGAGCUAAUUAGAUAUUAUUUGUUCAAAAUCAUUAUUGCUGGAUACAUUUUCUGUAUAUGGACUAUGCUUCCAAGAAAAUCAGU